GUUGAUCGUGAGUAAGAAGGAGAGGAUGCUGGUGAAGGGAACCGGUUUUCACGUGGAUCUUUUAAUCAUCGUGGUGGUGGGCGGAGUCUCGGCUCUGUUCGGCCUGCCCUGGCUGUCGGCCGCCACAGUUCGGUCUGUGACUCACACCAAUGCCCUGACCGUCAUGAGUAAAGCCGUUGCCCCUGGAGACAAGCCUCGCAUCCAGGAGGUGAAGGAGCAGAGGGUGACGGGCUUCUUGGUGGCGUUUCUAGUAGGUCUGUCCAUCGUCAUCGGCGAAGUUCUGCGUCAGAUCCCGCUGGCAGUCCUGUUCGGGAUCUUCCUCUACAUGGGUGUGAUGUCCCUGAAUGGGAUCCAGCUCACUGAGCGACUCAUCUUGCUGCUGAUGCCCCCAAAAUACCACCCCAACCACAACUACGUCCGCAAGGUGCGGACUUUGAGGAUGCACCUUUUCACUCUCAUCCAGCUGACAUGUCUGGCUCUGCUGUGGGUCGUCAUGGCGACAGCGGCAGCGCUGGCCUUCCCCUUCGUGCUGCUGCUGACCAUCCCCGUGAGGAUGCUGCUGCUGCCCCGCCUCUUCUCCCGCCGAGA